UUUUGCAUUUAACAAAAAAUACAUACUAUCAUUUUCGUGAAAAAUCAUAAAAUUCAAAACCAAAGUACACUUCGAACAUGCAUUAAUGGCUUCCACCAUAUGUUCUUCAAUGAAAUUGGAGUUUCAACAAAUUCCCGCCAAUUUUUGUAUUUGAAUUUGGGAUAGCUGUCUGGAUUCAUUGUUUACUUUUUUCUAGCCGAUAUACAUAGAUUAUGCACCAAUUAUACAUCUGGCGGCUAUCAUUAGUUUAAGCGGGGUUUUUUCUAUGGAGAGAAUUUCACAAAAGGAACAUGUUUUAGUUGAUUAUGGUCCACAAAGAUCAUUUGAGGGUUCACCAAGUGACAUGGACAUGGAUUUUAACGAUGUUUUCGGAGGUCCACCGAGGCGAUUUUCAGUACAAGAAGCGAGAACAAGGCACAGUUUCAAUGAUUCAGUAGAAUCUGAAGAGGAUUCAGCAGGUGUAUCGCGAAAUUCGUGGAAUGGAUUCAAUGAAAAGCCAGUUUUUGGGGAAGAAAAUGCUAACAGGAGGCGAAAUCAAGGCGGUGAUUUCUAUGAUGAUAUAUUUAAAGUUGAUGAAUCUUGUAGCUCAAAUCCUGGUUCCAGAGUUUUAAGCCCUGUUCGACCUUUGUCACCAAAAAUUGAAGCUUUUGGUACUUCACUCCCAGCUCAAUUCAGCCUUCCUGCCAAGUCGACGAAAGCUACAGAUCUUCCCACAUUUGCUUUGGGAAGUCAUAGUCCACACAAGAAGCGAGAAAAAGAGAUGAAAAAUGAUGCUCCUGUAUUUUAUCGACAAAGUCCAUUAUCACGUGAAGGUACUGUUAUUGGUGAUGAUUUAAGAUACAUGUCUGAAUCCGAUGAGCUAGAUAUAGGAGGUAAUUUGAAGAAGAGCGGAGAAAGCAAGGAGGAUUCGAGUAGUGAAUAUCAAUUUCAUUUCUCCAUAUACAAGUGGGCAGGCAAAGGAGUUCCCAUGCUUGUGUCACUGAAGGGAGGGAAUCAUUUCGAGUCUAAGGGGAAGAUUAAAUUUGAAAGAUGUUCUACCUCCAAUGGAAGGAUGGAGAAAGAAAACAUGGAUAUCAGCUCGACAUUAGGAGGAAACGCCAAUUUCUCCAGGGAUGAGAAUUUUCACUCCUCCAGUACGAGAAGUAAGAAAACGGAGAGCAGUGACAAGGCAAAUGGUAUUGUUGGGGAAACUCUCGGCGUUUCAAAGACAAAAUCCAUUCAAAGUGUUAAAGAUAACGCUGGAGUUGACGACACUAUCUUAAAAACUGAAAGAGAAGUAGAAGAACCUCAAUUCAGACAGAAGACAGGUUUAGGUGACGGAAUCCAGAUGGAAAUUCCAAGGAACUCGGAAGAAACCAAACCUCUUCGUGCAUUUUUAGUUAGUGAUGCCGAGGAAAAAGGCGAUGUUAAGAUGACACAAGAAACAGAAAGGAAGAGCAACACGGUCAAAGCUACGCAAGCAGCAAAAACAAAUGUUAAAGUCAAGGAAAAUGUGAAGAAAAUUGAUGAUGAGGCUGAUAAAAAGUUGAAGAAAGGUGAUGUUGAAGUCAGUGACAACAUGCAAAAAAGAGACUCACAAGCUAAGAGAAAAGGGAAGAGAGGUCUUGACAAAAAAUCUGUAGUAGAUACAGGAGUAAACAGAAGUAGUCCGCCAAGUUCUCCAAUAAGAUCAGCCGAGCAUUCUACUAAAGCUGGAAUUAAGGGAAAGGUUCAAGAAUUUGUAAAGAUGUUCAACCACGAGGUUCAUUCAACGCCCCAAGAAGGCGAAAGUCGAAGUAAAAGCUUUAAAUGGAAAGCUAGCAGCAAUAUUGGAGUUGAAAGUGAAAAGAGUUAUAGCAUGCCAAAAGCAAAUGAGAAAGUUCAGUUGCCCAAGUUUAACAAGACGCAAGAUGCAACCCCUAAUGUAGACCAAAAUCUUAACAAGCAGGAGAAAACAACUAAAUAUUCCAAAACGAAAACACCGACUCCUCAGACUAAAGAUUAUUCAGAUCAAAAGGCUUCUCCAUCAACUAAUGAAUCAAAACCGGAUGAUCGAAAACCCUCAGUUGGAAGCAUGGAUGAUCUCUUUGGCGGAAAUUAUGUGGUGGAAGAAUUAUUUGAAGAUCAGGGCACAGCUUCACAAACUAAUGGAAAAUCUGAGGACAACCAAGCUUCAGAUGCUAAAAUUAAGCAAUGGUCACAAGGGAGGAAAGGAAAUAUUCGCUCAUUGCUCUCAACACUACAAUUAGUUUUAUGGCCCGAGAGCGGAUGGAAGUCUGUGGCCUUAAUGGAUUUAAUGGAAGGAAAUCAAGUGAAGAGAGCAUAUCAGAGAGCGUUACUCUACAUACAUCCAGAUAAGCUACAACAAAAGGGUGCUGCUGAUCACCAGAAAUACAUUGCAGCAAAAGUUUUUGAUAUUUUGCAGGAAGCUUGGGAUCAUUUCAACUCACUUGGUCCUAUGUAACACUCACAUAUGCAAUGUGGUAUCCCAGGAGGCUCGGACACGAAAAAACUCUGUUCAUCUGUGUACAUACCAGGCAAAUAUGUCAUACAUACCAAAAUCUGUUUUUUCUAUACUUAAAAAUAGAAGACGAGACUUUAAUUGUUCAUAUAUUCUUUUUUCUACAGCAGAGUUAUGAGUUAGUGGUAGUUGUUACAACUGAUAGCAGGCAGCAGGUAUCUAGCUUUAUUAUACAGUACUGUCCUUCUGUAUAGAUCGUCGUGGCAUGAACUUUGUCAUUAGAUUCCUAGCCUCCUAUUGAUAUUUCAGUUCAAGCUUAGUUUUUCUUUAUUGAGAGUUAUAAUUGUGAA